AUGUUCUAUGUACCUUUCUAUAAGUGUCAAUACGGUGUAUUUCUUACAGUCGUCUCUCUUUUUCUUUGUUCCUUUCUUAUGAGCCGCAUAUCUACGAUUCUUUUCAUUCAUGUUCUUUAUUUCACAUCUCAAAUAAAGAACAUCUGUUUAUCCAUUUCUUUGUAUCUUUCUUUCUUUCAGUUUAUCUGGUUUGUUUUCCAUUAUUUGUUUCAAAUGUUCGUUUUCAUUCAAUCAGACUUUUCAUCUGUGUCUAUUUUUCUUUCUUUGACAGAUUCUUUCUUCCUUUCAGUCGAACUUUUGAUCUUUGUCUACUUCUUUGUUUUUGUUUUUUUUUGUUUCAAAUAUUAUUUCUUUCAGAUAUGUUCUUUUUUCAUUAAAUUGAACUUUUCUUCCAUUAUUUCUUUCUAUCAAAUGUGCUUUCUUUCUUUCAGAAAUAUUCUUUCUUUUAAAUGUUCCCUUUUUCAUUCAAUCGAAUUUGAUCACUUUCUUUCUUUCUUGCAGAUAUCGAGCUUCAUUCUUUCUUUCAGAUUUUCUUUUUGUCCUUCAGUCGAACAUUUGGUCUGUAUCUACUGCUUUCUUCUUUCGAUUUUACCAGAUGUUCUUUCUUUCAAUGUUCUUUUUUAUUCUUUCGAUCAAUUUAAUUUAUUUAUCUCAGUUUUUCAUUCAAUUCCUUUGUAUUGUUUUCAUUCGAUCAAUUUGUAUUUCUUUGUUUCAACCGUUCUUUCCUUAUUUAUAUUUUCUUUUUUCAUACAUAUUAGUAUUCCUUUUUUUUUCUUUCUUUCAUAUUUCUUUUCUAUCUAUUUGUUCCUUCCUUCCUUUAUAUUUAUCUAUAUUUAUUUCUAUCUAUCUAGGUAUCUAUCUGUUUCUGUCUUUCAUUCUAUCUAUCUAUCUUUCUAUUUCUCUAUCUAUCUAUCUAUCUAUCUAUCUAUCUAUCGCUUUCAUUUUUUCUUUCUAUCUCUAUAUAUCUGUUUCCUUCUUUCUUUCAUUCUAUCUAUCUAUCUAUCUAUCUAUCUAUCUAUCUAUCUAUCUGUCUGUCUGUCUCUGACUUCUCUGUUUAUUUCUCACUCUAUGUCCCUCUCUAUUUGUCGUGAGUCAGAGAAUGAGAAAAUGAAUAAAAACUAG